AUGGACGUCGCCCGUACGUCCAUGAUGCAUGCGGCUGCCCCCCAUUUUCUGUGGCCGUUUGCUGUUCGGUACGCGGCGCAUCAGAUCAACCUUCACUCCAGGGUCUCCAUGCCGGAGACCUCCCCAGCCUUGCUGUGGACGGGGAAGGUUGGCGAUGCGUCUGCGUUCCGUGUCUGGGGAUCUCGGGCGUUUGUCCGCGACUUGUCUGCGGACAAGCUGUCCCCUCGUGCUGCUCCUUGCGUCUUCCUUGGCUUCCCCCCUGACGCGCCAGGGUGGCAGUUCUACCACCCCACCUCUCGCCGUGUUCUGUCCUCCCAGGACGUCACGUUUGACGAGUCGGUCCCCUACUACCGCCUCUUCCCCUACCGCACUCCGUCCCUCCCCCCGCCACCGCUCUUCCUUGUGCCAGGUCCCCCCCCGGUAGACCCCCUCCCCCCUCAGGGUCCUGCCCCUUCAGGUGUGUCCCAGGUAGACGCAGUCGAGCCUGUCGAGGUUACUGGUGACUCUGGUGCUGCUGAGGGUGCUGAGCCUGGGAGUGCUGACUCUGGGGGUGCUGAGCGUGUGGGUGCUACGCCUGGGGGUGCUGAGCCUGAGGGUGCUACUACUGCGGGUCCUGAGCCUGGGGGUGCUGAGCCUGGGGGUGCUACUACUGGGGGUGCUGAGCCUGGGGGUGCUGAGCCUGGGGGUGCUACGCCUAGAGGUGCUGAGCCUGGGGGUGCGGAGCUUGAGGGAGCUGGGCCUGCUCGUGUGGCGUCUGGAGGUGCUGAGCCUGGAGGUUCUCCGGGUGCUUCGUCUCGGCGGGAGCCACUCUCUCCACAGGAGCUGCGCGAGUGGUUUGCCCGGCGCUGGAGGCGUGCUGCUGGAGCUGGAGGUUCUUCGGCUGCUGAGGGUACUGGUGCCGCGGGUCCUGGAGGUGCUCGUACUGGGAGUACUGGAGCUGCUGGGCCUGCGGGUACGACUGGAGCUGGGGCUGCUGAGGGUGUUGGCGCUGAGGCUACUGCUGUCGGUCCUGGAGGCGGUCCUGCUGGGGGUGCUACUGGUGCUGCUGGAGGUACUGGAGCUGGAGGUGCUGCUGGCGCUGGUGCUGCCGCUGGGGGUACUGGUGCUGUCCCUGCUGUGUCUGGAGUCGCCGCGCGGCCUCGGCCGUACUUCGUUCCACUCCUUCAGCAGGUUCUUGGUCUCCCGCCUUCUACUGGUCCUCCUCCUCCUCUCUUAGAGUGUCCACAGCCUGUCCCGUCACAGUUACAGUUACAGCCGGCCUCCCCACUGCCCGCUCCUUCUCCCUACACUGGUCCUACUGGAGGUCUUGCUGAGCGUCGUGAGCCUGCGUCUCGCCCUGCGUCACCUGUCCGUGCUGCUCGCACCAGUGGUCGUGGUUCGCGUCAGCGUCCUCCUCCUGUCCCUGGCACGCACCGGAUGUCUCUGCGUCCGUCCACUGCUCCUCUGCGUGCCCCUUUGCCUUCUCCUCCUGAGUCCUCUCUUCCUGCUCUUCCUGACCCGGAGUCGGACUCUCUUCGUGCUGCCAGUCCUACUGUCACGCGUCUCCUUGCUACUGUUGUCACUGACCCUUCCUUUGAGUCCACUGCUGCGUCUGCACUAGUUACUGAGCUCGUUGACUUUGCUGCUCGCUGUCGUCUAGACUACGCUGCUAGUCUUGUUGCUGAGUCUGAGUCUGUCUGUCCUCCGUCCGUCGGGGGUGAGUGUGCCCUUGGCACGGACGUCCUUGAGGACAGGCAGGAGGAGUUCCAGUGUUUGGCUGCUGCUUCACCUCAUCUCGUGUCUGUACUGCUUACCCCUGAGGGAGACCCGGAUGCACUUGACAUCCCGACUCCGCGCUCUUACGCGGAGGCGAUAGAGGGUCCCUACUCCUCUCAGUGGCAGGCAGCUAUGGACGCAGAGAUGGCUUCCUGGAAGUCCACAGGCACCUACGUUGACGAGGUUCCCCCGUCUUGGGCGAACAUCGUCAGUGACAUGUGGAUUUUCAGGGUGAAGCGGCCGCCGGGUUCUUCGCCUGUCUUCAAAGCGCGUUACGUGGCUCGUGGCUUCAGUCAGCGGCAGGGAGUUGACUACUUUCAGACCUUCUCUCCCACCCCGAAGAUGACCACUCUUCGGGUACUGCUGCACAUAGCUGCUCACCGCGACUACAAGCUGCACUCUCUUGACUUCAGCACUGCUUUCUUGCAGGGCAGCCUGCACGAGGAGAUCUGGCUGCGUCGCCCACCUGGCUUCACUGGGUCUUUUCCUCCUGGCACCCAGUGGAGCCUCCGGCGGCCAGUCUACGGUCUCCGCCAGGCACCGCGUGAGUGGCACGACACACUGAGGACUACACUUGCGGCUCUUGGGUUUGCUCCCUCUACUGCCGACCCGUCGCUGUUUCUGCGCACCGACACUUCUUUGCCGCCGUUCUACAUCCUCGUGUACGUCGACGACUUGGUAUUCGCCACAGCUGACACUGCUGGACUCGCCCACGUGAAGUCCGAGCUGCAGAAGAGACACACGUGCACAGACCUGGGUGAACUGCGCAGCUACCUUGGCUUGCAGAUCACCCGGGACAGAGCACGCCGCACCAUUACCGUGACUCAGUCACACAUGGUGCAGCAGGUCCUUCAGCGCUUCGGCUUCACGUACUCCUCGCCUCAGGCCACUCCUCUGCCUACACGCCACUCGCUCUCAGCUCUGCCUUCGGAUGAGUCCGUAGAGUCGAGUGGCCCGUACCCAGAGCUUGUUGGCUGCCUCAUACCGGAGCACAUGGCUGCAGCGAAGAGGGUGUUGCGCUACUUGUGCAGUACGUCGGGCAUGGGGCUUGUGCUUGGAGGGCAGAGUCCAGUGGUCCUCACUGGGCACGCAGACGCUUCUUGGGCUGACGACCAGGCUACGCAGCGGUCGUCACAGGGUUACUCCUUCAGCCUUGGUUCCGGCUCUGUUUCGUGGCGGGCUACCCGCUCGUCUUCUGUUCUCGGCUCCAGUUGUGAGGCUGAGAUCUACGCCGGGGCCAUGGCUGCACAGGAGCUUCGCUGGCUCACCUACCUGCUGACUGACCUCGGAGAGCCGCCUCGUUCUCCUCCAGUGCUGUACGUAGACAACAAGGCCAUGCUGGCCUUGUGUCGAGAGCAGAGACUGGAGCACAGAACGAAGCACAUUGCUCUCCGCUACUUCCUUGCUCGUGAGCUACAGCAGCGUGGUCAGCUGCGGCUUGCGUACGUGGCCUCUGAGGCCAACACUGCUGAUAUCUUCACCAAGGCACUUGCGCCUUGUGAUCAUCAGCGCUUCUGUACUCAGCUUGGUCUUGUGCCUACCUUGCCUCACUUGCUCACCCCUUGA